UCGGGCUUGGCGCCGGCUCUCUCGUACGGUCGUCGGUAGGUGUACGCAGAGUGCGUCCAUCCCUCCCUUCUCCGCGGUGCUUCCGGGCUGCGUACGGAGCUUGCGCGUCUGGGUCCCGGGCUCCGCGCUGCCGCCGCUGCGGCCCAUGGGGAAAGUCGACCGGACGGGCCGGCAUUAACUGGAAGGAAAAUGUCCCUGUAUGAUGACCUGGGAGUGGAGACCAGUGAUUCGAAAACAGAAGGCUGGUCCAAAAACUUCAAGCUUCUGCAGUCUCAGCUUCAGGUGAAGAAGGCAGCUCUCACGCAAGCAAAGAGCCAGCGGACAAAGCAAAGUACAGUCCUUGCCCCAGUAAUUGACCUGAAGCGAGGGGGCUCUUCUGAUGACCGGCAGAUUGUGGACACCCCACCGCACGUAGCAGCUGGCCUGAAGGAUCCUGUUCCCAGUGGAUUUUCUGCAGGAGAAGUUUUGAUUCCCUUGGCUGAUGAAUAUGAUCCUAUGUUUCCAAACGAUUAUGAGAAAGUUGUAAAGCGCCAAAGAGAGGAAAGACAAAGACAGCGGGAACUGGAAAGACAGAAAGAAAUAGAAGAAAGAGAAAAGAGGCGCAAAGACAGACACGAAGCGAGUGGGUUUUCAAGGCGACCAGAUCCAGAUUCUGAUGAGGAUGAAGAUUAUGAGCGAGAGAGGAGGAAAAGAAGUAUGGGCGGAGCUGCCAUUGCACCACCCACUUCACUUGUAGAGAAAGACAAAGAACUACCCCGAGAUUUCCCCUAUGAAGAGGAUUCGAGGCCUCGCUCACAGUCUUCCAAAGCUGCUAUUCCUCCCCCGGUGUACGACGAGCAAGACCGGCCGAGGUCGCCAACCGGCCCCAGUAACUCCUUUCUUGCUAAUAUGGGCGGCACUGUGGCCCACAAGAUCAUGCAGAAGUACGGCUUCCGCGAAGGCCAGGGGCUGGGCAAGCACGAGCAGGGACUGAGCACCGCGCUGUCCGUGGAGAAGACCAGCAAGCGGGGAGGCAAGAUCAUCAUUGGUGAAGCUGUAGAGAAAGAUGCUUCCAAGAAAUCUGAUUCAAAUCCAUUAACUGAAAUACUUAAGUGUCCUACUAAAGUGGUCCUACUAAGGAACAUGGUUGGUGCAGGAGAAGUCGAUGAAGAGCUAGAAGUUGAAACCAAGGAAGAAUGUGAAAAAUAUGGCAAAGUUGGAAAAUGUGUAAUAUUUGAAAUUCCCGGUGCCCCUGAUGACGAAGCAGUACGGAUAUUUUUAGAAUUUGAGAGGGUUGAAUCAGCAAUUAAAGCUGUUGUUGAUCUGAAUGGGCGGUAUUUUGGUGGACGGGUGGUGAAAGCAUGUUUCUACAAUUUGGAUAAAUUCAGGGUCUUGGAUUUGGCGGAACAAGUUUGAUUAUAAAAAUGCAGAGCACGAGCCAUCACUGCUGACCCUUACGUGAGCUACAGGCUGAGCUGACAAGAGAAAGGCACAGCCUCAUGGCUGUUGGGUUCUGAGACUCUUGGAAGGACUUCUAAGAUACAUGUUGAUUGAUUCCUUUUUUAUUUUGUGGUUUUUUAAUAUAGUAUAAAAAUCCUUUAAAAAAAGCAGAACAAAACAAUUUGUGUGCCUCUCUGGUUGUUUCUCUUUUUAUUGCCACAUCUAAGUCGAUUACAUUUUUGCUAGGAUUUCAUGAUUCAUUCUCAAGUGAUUCAUUGACGCGGUAUGUCUUGUACUAAUGCCGUCGGAGAAGGUUUUCAGACAUGGGGUUACAUUAAGUUAUCUUUUGCUUUUUAAAAAAAUCUGCAAGUUACUAAACUAGCUUCAUAAAUUCUGUAAUACAGCUUCAUCUUGGCUGUCUGCCAAUGGUGAAAAUGCCUGCUUUCUCUAACAGAGAAAUUCUUAGGGACUCCGGUUGUAGAAAAAGCCUCUUAACCAUCUGAACUAAGAUCUGAAGACUCGUGAGCCCACCACAGCUUGUUUGGAUGAGUCCUUUGCCAUUACACUAAGUCAGACUCAGAGUUCGUAACGAAUUUAAGGGUUAAAGGGGUAUAGAAAUCAUGAACUAGCAUUUUGCUUUCAGCAAUUCAAGCAUAGUCUUUAGUGUAGAUCAGAAAUGGCAAGUUAAUUUCAAAACUUAGCAGGUGCAUUGGAAAUGUGUGCCCAAUUAUGUUUUGGAAAUGGCAGUUCCUUAGGGGUCAUGUUUCUGCUGCAAUGCGUUGCAGCAAUAUUAGUUAUUAUAUGUGAUUUUAAAUCUUAUAAAAAUCAGUUAAACAGUACUUAACUGCCAAUGAGUACAAUUAUGCAAAACCUGUACCGCUGAAAGAAAGGCAAUGGUGUGUAUGGUUUAAAAAUCUAGCCAGACCACACACAAAAAAGCAAAAACGACUUAGUACUGAGAUUCAUUGCCAGUGCAGGAGAUAUUUCCAGAAUAUACUUGUGCCUGUGUCUGUUCUUUGCUUGCCCGGAUCUCAAACUGUGACUGCUUAAAGACAUGGACCUGUGUUGUCUCUUUAGGGUCUGACAACAUGACAACUUAUUGUGACCCUUAACGUGGGGAACACACUCAACACACGUCUUUGCAUCCCUGGACUUGGUUUGGAGACAUAGGAAUAUUCUGACCCUUUUUAAAAAAGGAUUUCUCAUGUUUUUAUUUAACAUAAAUAAAAGAAUAACAUUUUC